CUUCCGGCGCAAAGAGAUUCAAACUAGUGGCGGGCGCGAGCGGAGCGGUGGGAUCUUCCGGCGUCUAGUGUCCCGCGGGGGAGUCCUUACCCAUGGAUCUGAUCCGAAGCUUCCACGCGAAGCUACGGUCGCUGGCCAUCACACUAGACAGCGAGACGGCUCGGCUGCAGCGAGCACUGGACGGGGAGGAGAGCGACUGUGAAGAUUAUCCAAUGAGAAUUUUAUAUGACCUUCAUUCAGAAGUCCAGACUCUAAAGGAUGAUGUCAGUAUUCUUCUUGAUCAAGCAAGUUUGGAAAGUCAAGAAAGCAUUGGUUUCAUAAAGGCAACAAAAGUAUUGAUGAAAAAAAAUUCAGUGGAUAUCAUGAAAAUAAGAGAGUUUUUCCAGAAGUAUGGAUAUAAUCCACGUGCCAAGAAAGAUUCAGUGGAUGAACAAGAAAUCAUUGAUUCUGAAUCAGAGUCCACUAAGCAUGAAAAUUUUCAAAUGCCUGAUGUGAAGGACAGUCUAUCUGAUCCUGCUAUUCCGAGGACUUCUGGUUCUGAGAAGUCUCCACGGAGUCCGCAACUUUCCGAUUUUGGACUUGAACGGUACAUGAUAUCCCAAGUUCCACCAAACCCUCCACAGGCAGUAAAUGACCAUGAGGAAGAGCCAGAAAAUUUAACUCCAUCUUCUAAACAGUCACUAGUUAAAGUACUAAAAACUCCAAAAUGUGCUCUGAAGAUGGAUGAUUUUGAGUGUGUAACUCCUAAAUUAGAACACUUCGGUAUCUCUGACUAUACUGCCUGUUUAAAUGAAGAUUACACAAUGGGACUUAAAAAUAUGAAGGAGAAUAAAAGGGAAGAGGCCACAGAACCAGAACCAAUGACCAGUGAUAAUUUCUUUGUCACUCCUGGCCUCCAGCAGUUGAAAAAAAAUGAUGCUGACUGUGCAGAUUCUCCCUUAGCACCUACAUUCUGCACUCCUGGUUUGAAAAUUCCUCCUACAAAGAACAAUAUAGCUCUGGGGGGCACAGAUUAUCCAUUACCAAAAACAAAUAUUUCAUCAAAUGAUUUGGAAAUGAAAGACUGUACAUCAUUAGUUUUAAAUUCAGACAAGUGUUUUGAGAGUUUUGCGGAUCCCUCUUCUCCUGUAAUUUCUUCUUAUGAGAAUCUGCUGAGAACACCUACACCUCCAGAAGUAACUACCAUUCCAGAAGAUAUUCUUCAGAUUUUAUCAAAAUACAACUCAAACCUAACAACUCCAGUAGCAGUGAAAGCCAUGCCACCCAGCAAAGGGCUCCCCACUAAACAUGAAGGACCAAACAUCCGAGGUGUUGGCAACAAAGAAAACUGGUGAAGAGCUUGUUAACCCUGGAAUUCAGACUUCACAAGCAGGUUGGAUGACAUCAUUGGGAAUCUAUACCCAGUUAUUUUAUUAUUUUUAAAGUAUAUAGCCACAAUAUUCUAACAUUUUAUUGGUGUCUAUAAAUUAUGCUUGAUUUUUUAAAAAAAUUGCAUCUUUUUGCAAAAGUUCUAAUGGACCCACCCACAAUAGAAACUGAACAGAAAAUUGGAAGCAGAUCGGGACUUUGUUGCUCACAUCGCCUUACAUUUUCCCCUUCUUAAAAACCAACCCAUAUUAAAGAUGAUCAUGGACACUGGUGUGAUAACAUGGUUUGUUUUGUUUUUGUUUUUUAAGUAGGCUCCAUGCCCGGUGUGGGGCUUGAACUCACAACCCUGAGAACAAGAGCAGCAUACUCUACUGCCUGAGCCAGUCAGGCGCCCCUGUCAUAAUGUUUUUUAUUGAGAUCUGCUUUAGUUUAACCUUGGUCUUAAUCAGUUAUUCACUUUUCAAAGAUCAUUAGUAUUUCACUGAUUUCACAUUUACACUGCCUAAUCUGACAGAAUGGCUGAGUAAUAUCAGGAAGCAGGGCAAAUAAUUGAAAAAUUUAAAAUGUUUGUUACUUGAGCGGGGCCACCCUGAUCUUAUGGUGAGGUGGUGUUGCUGUUGGCUGGAGCUGGGCUUCCUCCCUGAUUCUGGCUCAGCCCUUGUCCUGUCUCCUCUCACAACUGCCCCCAGAGCCUUUCACACCAUUUAUUUCAGCAGUGCUUUUAAGACUCUCUGUCCACAAACGACAGCUCAAAUAACUUGAGGAAAAGGGAGGAAUUUGCAGGUCUGGACAACUGUAUAGCAGGUCUCAGAGAGUUGGAAACAGACUCACCCGUCAGGAUGUGUUUUUUUUUGUUUUUACUCCCAGCUAUUUACUUCGGGUCAGUUUUAUCCUCUCUGAUCAGCUCUUCCCGUCACGUCUGCUGACCUCUCCAAGCGCCCUCUCGUUUGGCUACCCAGCAGCCUUAAGCCUCUAUCUGGAAGGUUCUGAUGACUCUUCCUGGGCUGGGUGCCCUCCUGUGGCUUGUUACCUGAGAGCCCAGGAGGCGGGAGACCUUUGCCUCUCGAGCUCUUUGAUAGCUUCAGGCUGCCCUGUCCAUUGAGCCCAGGAUCCUUCCCAUUUAAGUAUAAGCAGGAAGUAGUUCAAAGUUCAUGCAAGUAUUAUUGGCAAACUCCAGAUUACAGCCAAAGAGAAAAUAAGGACCUGGUCUAUUGCAGAGAGCAGUUAAAAUGUUGAAAAGAAACAGUUUGCAAGUAUUGUGACAAGGUGCUUCAAAGGCUUAGGUUUGGGAAAUCUAUUGCAGUGAAGACUACCCUCUUUUGGGAUGCCUGGAUGGCUUUUGGUUAGGGGUCGGCCUUCAGCUCAGGUCAUGAUCCCAGAGUCCUGG